UGUUGUUAGAGAGUCUUACAGCCUACCGAAACCAGCUUCGCCCAUCGAGGCUCCAGGCCCGCACGCGCUCCCCUCUUCCUCCCUCCGCUUCCUAACCCUAGAAUCUUCGAGAAGCAUCGGGCGAGUAGCGCGCCACCGCGGCGGCGCUUCCGGAAGCUUCUGGAAGGAAGGAGGAGAGAGAAAAGAGGGGACGGACCCGCGGCGGCGGCUGAGCCGGAGAUGGGGACGUCGGAUCUGGACCGGCAGAUCGAGCAGCUGAAGCGGUGCGAGCCCCUCACGGAGGCGGAGGUCAAGGCGCUCUGCCUCAAGGCCAUGGAGAUCCUCGUCGAGGAGAGCAACGUGCAGCGCGUCGACGCCCCCGUCACCAUUUGUGGUGACAUCCAUGGACAGUUCUAUGACAUGAAGGAGCUGUUCAAAGUUGGAGGUGACUGCCCAAAGACAAACUAUCUGUUCCUUGGGGAUUUUGUUGACCGAGGAUUCUAUUCUGUAGAAACAUUUUUGCUUCUUUUGGCUUUAAAGGUUAGGUAUCCAGACCGUAUAACUCUAAUACGAGGAAACCAUGAGAGCAGGCAGAUCACACAGGUUUAUGGAUUUUAUGAUGAGUGCCUUCGCAAAUAUGGCUCCGUCAAUGUCUGGAGAUAUUGCACGGAUAUAUUCGACUAUUUAAGUUUGUCUGCACUCAUUGAGAACAAAAUCUUUAGUGUCCAUGGAGGCCUUUCUCCUGCUAUCACGACACUGGAUCAGAUACGAGUAAUAGACCGCAAGCAAGAAGUACCUCAUGAUGGUGCCAUGUGUGACCUUCUAUGGUCUGAUCCAGAGGAUGCUGUAGAUGGUUGGGGAUUAAGUCCUCGAGGUGCAGGAUUCCUCUUUGGUGGAAAUGUAGUUUCAUCAUUUAACCACUCAAACAACAUAGAUUAUAUUUGUCGUGCGCAUCAACUUGUCAUGGAAGGGUAUAAAUGGAUGUUCAAUAACAAGAUUGUAACUGUAUGGUCUGCUCCUAACUACUGCUACAGGUGUGGCAAUGUUGCUGCAAUCCUGGAGCUGGAUGAGAACCUAAAUAAGCAGUUCCGCGUAUUUGAAGCUGCUCCACAUGAAUCAAGAGGCGUUCCUGCUAAAAGGCCAGCACCAGAUUACUUUCUAUGAUGCUGCACAUUGAGUAGUAGAGCUUGCUACCUAAUCUCUGCUUUGGACCAUUGGCAGUGGAAAGCAAGUUACGCGGAUGAUGCCCCAUGUUGUAAGAAGAGCUCAGGCCAUACAAGAGUACUGCCAGGAGGUGCUUUCAGGAUGCCUAAAUUAAGUGUUUGUCUUCUCCUUUCAGGUCUAUGACUUGUAAGAGAGUUGAUGUUGUCACCCAGUUUUUCACAGAACAGCUCCCAUUUGAGCUCUAGAAAUACGCAAUUAUGAAGGGAUUUCAUGGGGUCUGCUAUCAGUACAUGAUGUAAAAGUUUGUUGCGGUCGUGCCAUCCCCAAGAAAACCCCGAUACUAGAAUUUAGAGUGAUUUGCUAAUGUUGUGCCUGAAUAUGUGGCGCUGCUCUGGAAAGUGUAGGAAAUUUUGUAGCUGACAAUUUUUUCAUACUGUUAGGUGUAAAUUAAAAGCAUGUGGUCAGGGCUGACCUGCCUGGAGUUCUGCAUGUAAUGGUUGUUAUGUAACUUUGCUCUGCUAGCUUCUCUGAUUGAAACGUGCUAGCUUUAAGUUUGCUAACUAUCGUGUUGACCA